AUGAAUUUCGACUUCAAGCACGUCUGCGGGCUCAUAGCGCAGACGGAAAGAGCCAGCAUCGGGAGCCCCAAAGUCAACUCGCUGAAAACUAUCUACUGCAACGCCAUCUAUGACAUCAUCCGGCACGGCCGUGUUUUUUCAGCAAGUACGUCAACGAGCGAGCCGGUGCGGCGCAAAUCAGCCGAGGUGGAAAAUAUUUUGCAGCCCGAGACGCAUAGGGCAUACAGCAAGUUCUACGCGGUCGAGCUUGUGCGCGACAAGAUCGACAAGAUCGUCCGCGACUACUACGCCGUCUUCAACGUGUGUGUCGAGGUGCACUUCCAGGACAUGUACCUUGUGUUGCGCGAGUUUGAGGAGAUCUGUGCCUUUGAGCGCAGACUCAAACUUGACCCAUCAAGAACUGUGCCACAAUAG